AUGCCCCCGACCAUCCUAGACGUGGUCCCUUUACUGGGGCACUUUGGGCCCUCUGCGGACGGAGCCACGUACAUUACACGAUCGCUGGAUUGUUCAUCAGUGCCUGAUUUCGCCAUUUCGGAGAUAUAUAGCCAGUUUUCUUUUGUAGAGCGCCUCUCUGUCGCUGGACGGAGACUGAGUUCUGCAGAUGUAACGGAUCUUUUCUCCCUGCCACAUCUUACUGAGCUGAACCUUUCGAACUGCGGGCUGAAUGAUGCACAGGUCGAGUGGCACAUGCUCCCUGUUUGCCCCCUGUUACUUACGUUAACUCUCUCGUGCAAUGAUCUUGAAGAGCUUCCAUCUCUUCGCUUCUGUCCUAAUCUAGUUAACCUGGACUUGAGCCGUAACAAAUUGUUUGAGUUUCCGUCAGAGGUCUCUGGAGAUGCUCUCCCAUACCUGGAGCGUUUAGACAUUUCUCGAAACGUCAUUUCAUCUCUCAAAGGCAAUAAUUGUUGUCCCAACGUGUUUUGGCUCGAUGCUGCUCAUAACAUUUUAACUAGCGAUGCACAUAUAGACCGCUUCCCAAGUCUUCGAUACUGCAACCUUAGCCAUAACAGAAUCACUUCUAUUGAACACCUAGCACCGUUACAAAACCCCAAUCUCAGAACACUCCUCCUCCACGCGAAUUGCAUUAAUCAACUUUCCUGCAUAAAGAAGCUCAUUCCCUUCAAGCUACUGAGGGAACUUGUUGUGACAUCUGACGAUACGUUAUCGCCCUCUCAAAAAGAGUUUACUAAUGGAAGACGAUUUAAGCGUCCAGACAAUGACGGGCUCCACGUGGCCGUGACACUUAAGGACGCACGGAUCUUAGCACUAGGGGACUUGAUGGCCCGCCAGGACGAGGUCUCAUUUGCUGUGGGAGUCAAUAGAACAGUUGAUCCGUAUGCAGAUGCCCCGAGCGCAAACAAAAGUCUAUUUGAACAAUACAGGAAGAAUGCCGUGGCCACACUCCCUACCCCAGCAAAUACCAUUAGAGCGCUACUGAUCUAUAUCCUCCCUCAACUUCUUUAUCUCAACUGGGCUGAGGUGACCAUCGACGAGCGUCUUGAGGCAGAGACCUGGAUUCUCCCUUCCGAAAAGGUCUUAGCUCUAUCCCAUGUUAUCGGACUGUAA